AUUCUUUGAUUCCUAACAAAACAAGCAAGCAAAUCAAAGCUUUUCUUCAUGCUUUCCACCCAACAAAACCGGCCCUACUCCUUCCGUACUAGGGCCCGGACUUCAGGGCAUUAACCUGUACCUUUACACGUACCUAUAAUCCAGUCUCCAUUCCUUUUAUAAAUUACCCCAAUUCCCUUCUCCAUUUGCCCCCAUUAACAUUCAUUCACUCACUCUUCAGCUUUUUUCCUUCAGUUACUUUUCCUUCUAAUUUUCUUUCUCUAUUUCUCUUUGCACAACAUAUGAGAGAAGGAAGAGGGUAUUCAUCAAGGCAGAAUUGUUGCAGGUUUGUUGUGUAUGAUGGAGAGUCCGAAUUUUUCACCAUCCCACGGAGGAGACCCCUCUCGCCCCUCUCUAGGAUUCCCUCUUGGCACUGCCCUCCUUUUGAUUAUCAUAUUCAGCUUAAGCGGCAUCUUCUCCUGCUGCUACCACUGGGACAAACUUAGAUCCCUCCGUCGAUCUUUCUCCGACGACAUGAAUCCUCACCCUGACAUUGAAGGCUCACCCUCCAAAUCUAAACCUGCAGACAUGAAUGUGAAGAAAAACCAGAGCCAGAGUUUGCCAGUACUAAUGCCAGGAGAUCAGGUCCCAAAGUUUAUAGCUUUACCAUGUCCCUGUCAGCCUCCUCGAGCAGAAAAUAUUGUUGUCAAAGUGCAGAAGCCGCCGAAGUUGCCACGUUUUCCAGUGCCUUUGUAUUAGCAUUUGUAAGAUUGAUCAUUUGAUGUAUAUACAAUUUCAUUUAGUUAUAAAUCUAGUUUUACCAUCAUUUUUACCUUUCCCCAGUAUAUAAGAAUCACAAGUCAUUUUGUAAAAUAUUACAAUUUGUUUUCAUCAUCUAAGUUUAUCAGUAUAAACAUGUAAUGUCUCAGGGACAACUGAGAAACAGCAAAUUUGAACCUGGGAAUGGA